GCAGCUCAUCACACUCAUACGCUCCCCUUCUCCCUCCCCGUUGACGCACGUCCGUGUAGCUGAACAAGUUGGUUUUGUAAAGUCCGAACAUUCACGGGUGCUCGCCAAGGCUACACUUGUUUUGUUUUUGUUUGUGUUUUUUUUUUUAUCGUUGAUGUUUUGCUGGCGUAGGGUGUUCGAAGGGCAGCUUAAAUGACAAGAGGCACGCACUGACUUUCUCCGCACAGGACGCGCGAUGGAGGUGAAAGGACCGCUGCGGUGUAAGAUGGUGGUGGUCGGGGACACGCGGUGUGGCAAAACGGCCCUGUUGCACGUUUUCGCCAAGGACUCGUACUCAGAGAGUUACGUCCCGACGGUGUUUGAGAACUACACCGCCAGCUUUGAGAUCGACAAGCAGCGCAUCGAGCUCAACAUGUGGGACACGUCAGGUUCUGCCUACUACGACAACGUGCGGCCAUUAGCGUACCCGGAUUCGGACGCCGUCCUCAUCUGCUUCGACAUCAGCCGACCGGAGACGCUGGACAGUGUUUUGAAAAAGUGGCAAGGCGAGACGCAGGAGUUCUGCCCCAACGCCAAAGUGGUGCUGGUGGGCUGCAAGUUGGACCUCAGGACGGACGUCAACAUCAUGAGGGAGCUUUCCAAACACAGACUCAUUCCCGUCACCCAUGAACAGGGUACUCAUCUGGCGAGACAGAUCGGCGCCGCGGCCUACGCCGAGUGCACCUCCAAGGAGCGCCCGCCCGCCAUCAGGAAGGCGCGCGCCAAGAGCUGCGUGCUCAUGUGA